GAAAAUCAAAUCACGACGGCCAGUGGUUGUCGAAAAGGUGCGACGAUGUUUUCGUUGAGGGCUGUGAGUAAGCCGAGUGUCGGAGCCCUGAAAAGGGCAUUCUCGUCCGAUGUUAAGGCCGAGGCGACGGCUCUGUUCGACUUUCACGUCGAGAGGGGCGGGAAAAUCGUGAAUUUCGGCGGGUUCCUGCUACCAGUGCAGUACAGUGACCUGAGCAUCGUUAAUUCUCAUCUCUUCACUAGAAAAAGCGCGUCUCUGUUCGAUGUGUCCCACAUGUUGCAGACGGAGAUUUACGGCAAAGACUGUGUAGCAUAUCUAGAGUCUGUCUGUACUGCGGAUAUCCAAGGUUUGCAGGAUAACGGCGCUGUGCUGACGGUAUUCACCAACCAACAAGGUGGAAUCUUAGACGACCUUAUCAUCACCAAAAUAGCCGAAGACCACCUCUAUGUGGUGUCUAACGCAGCGCGCAAACACCACGACCAGCAGCAUUUGCUGAAGGCUUUGGACAGCCACAGGAAGCGCAACCCUUCCACCGACAUCAAACUACGGUACUACGAGCCCUUGGAGAGGGGUCUACUGGCUUUGCAAGGUCCCAGGGCCGCCGAAGCCUUACAGAACCUCACGGACGUAGAUUUAUCCCAGUUGUAUUUCAUGAACUCGACAACUGGCAACGUUGCUGGCGUAGAAAAUUGCCGAAUCACGAGGUGUGGCUACACUGGCGAAGACGGGUUCGAGAUCGAGGUGCCAGCGUCUAGUGCCGUGAAGUUAGCUGCAGAGCUGUUGACCAAUGAAAACGUUAAACUAGCCGGGCUAGGAGCUAGAGAUUCCUUAAGGUUAGAAGCAGGUCUUUGCCUCUAUGGCAACGACAUCACCAGCGAAACCACCCCCGUCGAGGCAGCCCUAACGUGGUUGGUCGCGAAAAGGAGACGCGAGCUAAAGGAUUUCCCAGGGGCGGAGGCCAUACUGAGGCAGAUAAGGGAAGGAUCUUCGAUUAAAAGAGUAGGGUUGGUAUCAAAAACAGGCCCGCCGGCAAGGCAGGGAGCCUCCAUCAUCUGCGUAGAAGAUCAGGAAGUGGGUAAGGUCACUUCUGGCUGUCCGUCACCCUCUCUAGGCGGCAAUAUCGCCAUGGGCUACGUCCCUACGAGCUACAGCAAAGUAGGUACCAGGGUUGGUCUGAAGAUACGCGAUAGGGUGUACGACGCUGUCGUCAGUAAGAUGCCUUUCGUCAAGGCCAACUAUUACAACAGGCCUAAAUAAAGACACCGCUGAGAAACGA